AUGCUUCAAUGCCAUGCAAAAAACUGCAAUUCAAACAAUUAUCCCUUGCAGCUUUCUAAGGUCGAAGUCGUAAAUCAAGAAACAGAAUUUAAUCCAAUGUUCUUACGAAACAUGUUGCCAAAGUUGGAAUGGAAUGCUUUAGUGAAAACAGCAUUUCAGAUUAAUGUCACAUUACCUAACGCUUUACCAGAGUCUUCCACUGAUGAAUUGGACGAAGAGUUUCUCAAGACUUUACAUAGAGUCUUAUUAGAGACACAUAUUCAGCAAGGACAAAUGACUUGUCCUAAUUGUAAUCAUGUCUAUCAUAUAAAAGAUGGAAUACCAAAUAUGUUGCUAGACGAAACUGAAGCUUAA